CGAUACACCGGUUUAAGCCCCCUCGGUGAACAGUUUCCAGUAAUACCCACUCGACGAAGGAUAGGGUAGAAAGGAGAGGCCGAGGUGGGCGGAGAGGCUUCUAGGGUUUGGGCGAGAGUUGACGCGACCGCGAGCGAACCUAAGAAGCCAUCCCUCUCUCGCUUCCCCCGCUUCUUGACCUCGAUCGCGGUAUAGCAUGGGGAGGGGCAGGUUCAAGGCCAAGCCCACCGGCCGCCGGAACUUCUCCACGCCCGAAGAGAUGGCUGCUGGCUCCUCAGCUCGUCCUCGCACCUUCAAAAAGAAGGAAGCUGAAUAUAGUGAAGAGGAGGAACCCGGGGAGGAAAGUGGAGGGGACUCUGAACAAGAGACUGAGAAAAAGAAGGGCAUUCUUCACAUUAGUGAGAUUCAGAACCCAAACCUCGUAAAACCAAAAAACAUGAAAGCUAGAGCAGCUGAUGUGGAAAGCACUCCUGAACUCUCUCGUAGAGAAAGGGAAGAGAUAGAGAGGCAGAAAGCUCAUGAACGAUACAUGAGGCUGCAGGAACAAGGAAAAACAGAACAAGCUCGAAAAGAUUUGGAGCGCCUAGCAUUAAUACGACAACAAAGAUCUGAGGCUGCAAAGAAGCGUGACGAGGAAAAAGCUGCCAAAGAACAGAAGAGGGCUGAAGCUCGCAAAUAAUCAGACUUAGAGCGUGCUUUUCAGCUCCGUAUGUUUGUAUUUUGUUUCAAGUUGUUACUAAUUGUGCGUCUGCGGCAUAUUAAGUUUUUACCAAAUGUGCAUGUCAAAGCAUAUUUUGGUUAUUGUAGAUAACGAUAUUUAAUAUAAUGUUGAAUUGGCAGCAGAGUUAUCUUUG